AUGUCAGCAGCACCCGCAAUCUACCCAAGCCUUAACGGCAAAACCGUCGUCAUCUCCGGCGGAGCAGAAGGAAUCGGCGCUGCGACCGUCGAGCGUUUUGCAUUACAAGGCAGUAAAGUGAUCCUCCUCGAUAUCGCACAAGAGGCAGCCCAAAGCACAAUCAACAAGGUCAUGGAACUGACCAAAGAGGCUGAGGCACGCGGCGGCCCUUCGAUUCACCCGCCGAUCUUUUACCACUGCGACGUGUUGGAUCUUUUCCGGCUGCAAGUGAUAUCCGCAAAGAUCCUGGAUCUGCACGGUCCGGUGCACGUCUUGGUCAACAACGCCGCCGCAACGGGCAGCAGUGCACGUCUUACUACGCCACAGGUCACGUUCAAGGACUGGGACUUCAACGUCAAUACUAAUCUCCGACAUGUGUUCUUCCUCUCCCAGGCCUUUAUCCCGGGUAUGAAACAGUCUGGCGGAGGGAGUAUUAUCAACUUGGGAUCCAUCUCCUGGCGUAUCCCGGCCGCUGGUCAGCCGGUCUACGCAGCCUGCAAAGCGGCGAUUAUGGGUCUCACGCGCGUGCAUAGCAAAGAGUUCGGUCCUGACAAUAUUAGGAUUAACAGUGUCAUGCCGGGCGCUAUUGCGACGGAGAGACAGAUAAGGGAUGUCUUGACGCCGGAGUAUCGCGCGGAGGUAUUUCAGAAUCAGAGCCUGAAACGGGAUCUGGCUCCGGAGGAGGUAGCCAAGGUGAUUGUCUUCUUGGGAAGUGAUGAGGCGAGCGGCAUCACGGGAAGCUCGUAUGUUGUCGAUGGUGGUUGGGUUAGCGAUCCCUGA